AUGCCUAAGUUUGCAAAUAUUUGUAAUAAUCCUUUUCAUGAUGAGUGGUCAGAUGGUUUUGAAGGCUCUUCUAGAAUUGUCAAUUUGAGAGCGUACAACCUCGAUGAAUUUGCACGGGCAUUUGCAAAAUUUUCAUCUGAUGAAAAAAAUUGUGAAGUCACACCGAAAAAGAUCAACCAAAUUUGCAAAAAUUGUCUUCAGCAGUGCCUCAAAAAGAAGAACUUUAUUAGGUAUUUACCUCAACUACCAUCUACUGACGAGAUUGAAAGGAAGGUAAGCUACAAUUUUGUGCUACAAUUUUACAAAAUUGUAUUGUUAUUCUUCGCUACUACAUAACUAAAGUUUUGUAUAUAUUAAACCUGUAUGAACAAAAUUUAUAAGUACUUACUACUGUAAUAUAAGUGUCUGAAAAGCACCCAAACAGUAAUAAUAAUACAGUAAUGACAUAUGAUAAAAGGCCUCAAAGUUAUAGGAAGUAUUAUGAUUGUCUAUGUCAAUAUUACCUAGGCAAACUUGCAAAUGUUGUAAUCUGAUGUUUUGCCCAAACAUAAAGGAGUUACAUCACACUCUGAUAAUUUUGCAGAAUGAAUGUCACUGAGUUUCAGCCAUUCCCCUAGAUCUACUGUUAUAAUUAGGGCAAGUAUUCCAAAAUUCAAAUUAAUAUAGAUUGAAGAUAUAUCAACAUUUUUGAGAAGUGAACCAGAUCAAGCAGAAGAUGAAGGUCCUGCACCUCCAAAUCCUCCUGUUGCUCAGCCAUCCUGCAGCCAAGACACCGAGUCUACCAUAACAUUGAGUUGUCCAAGUCAAGACUCUGUGGCCUCUGAUGAAGUGAUUCCGAUGAGGGCUAGUGUCGAAUGCCAGACCGAUGAGGUUAUUUUCAUGUCCAAAGAAGACUAUGAAAAACUUGUUUGCAAAGCUGCUGAGGUCAUAGAUAUCAAAGGUGACCUGGAAAAAUUAAAAACAUUCUUCCUCACUUGUGACCCACAACCCCCCGUGAUGGAUCCAGAUCAAUUCCAAGAUAUUUGUAUACAAGCUGGUGCUGCUAACCUAUUUUCAACCCUCUACAAUGCAAUGAGUUCAGAUCGGAUGUCAGAAGACCAUCAAGAAUUAACAAAGCUCAACGUUAUGGUUGUCAUUUACAUAUUGAUAUGCUCACAGUCGCAACGAGCCAAUUGGUUCCAAAUAUCCCUUGCAAGAACACUUCAGCAAUUUGGAAUAAGCCAGCAAGGUUUGGCAUCCCUCCGCAACUUGGGAAUUGUAGCACAUCCACGUACCAUCAAAGCAACUAUGCAAGCCUCAUCAGCAUCCCACAUUGAUAGAGUGAAGGCAUUUUUUCACACUGUAAUAGAAAAUGAACAAUUUAUUAUAUUUUGUAUCGAUGACUACCACAACAUUCACACUAAACAUCGUCCUGAAACCAAAGUCCAAACCCAGUCAGUUCACACAUCUACCCUUCUAGUUAAAGUUUUUCCAAAUAUCAAAACUAUGCCUAACAAUCCACUGCAACCAUUGUUACCAGUCAAUCCAGUAGAAGAUAGUUUGUUGAAGAUGUUCAUAGAUGAAAACAUGAGCGAGUUUUCCAAAACCUAUGCAAGCAACAUGCCAGACUGGGUGGUAGCAAAGUAUUUUGAUCCUGAGGCAGAAAGGCAUAGGCUAGCAAUUCAUGAUUACCAACAAACUGAAAUCAGACAGAUGCGAUGCAUGGAUAAUACUAAGCUUGUUGACAGUCUGAAACUACCCUUGAAAUCUUACAAUGACCUACUCAUUGCUUUUAAUCACAUGCUAGCUAAUGGCUUGGAAGACUAUCUCACCCACUUUGCAGCUCCCUUUCCUGGGGAUUGGCCCAUGCAGUUUUUCAUGCGACAACUAGUGUACAACACAGCAUCAGUAUCUUUGCCCAUGGUCUGCAAGAAUAUUGUUCCAAUGAUUGGUCCUUUGCAUAUAUCAUUAAACUCCAGAGAGUGUGUGUUACUAAAUUUCCACCCAAUUUUUGCAGAUCUAUAUUCCUUCCUCUUUGGAGCAAAGGCAAAGCUAGCAAAGAAACCAAAACCAUGGCGAAUUUCCUUACUUCUUGAAGUAAUCUAUGGAGGUUGGACACUUGUUCGAGAUAGUAUCAUGUCGGUCUUCUCAAAUUGCAAGGAUAUUGAAUUUCUGACAUUUAUCAACCUAAUUGACAAUUAUGUACCACUAGUCUUGAGCAUAUACUCUAUUGUCUUUAAAUGUAGCAACUACGAUCUCUACUGCAAAUCACUUUUUCGCUGCUGGAUAAUGAUGAUGGUAUUUUGUCGCAGGCAUUACGACAAAGCUCUACUGGUAGCUCUUUCCACCCUUAAAUAUUGGGAUGAUAAUAAUCACCCCAUGCACCAAAUUGUCCAGCAGUUCCUGGCAGCCUUUGACGAGUAUCCUGUGGAAAAUUUCCACUCAGUGCUUCGAGCCAGAACCAAUGAGACAGAUACGGCUGAACAGAUACGUGAGAAGGCCAAAGAGAUUGAUGCCUGCAAAAAAGAACUGCAUGAGUUUCAGUCGUCAUUUGUGCCCCCAAGGAAAUUCAACUUCAGUAAGAAGCGCAUUGACAACCUCAAAGCAAGAGCUGCAGAAUUCCUGGUCAACAAGUUCGAAGUUAUCCACUCCCACCCCGGUAUGGCAUCCCAACAACCCAGGCAGCGCAGACAGAAAAAAAAAUUACAAAAUGGCUCUUACCAAAUUUAUUCGGCAAUCAAGUAG